AGUUUCAUGGUGGCAACAUAUUAUGUAUGCGGGGAAACAAAAAACAAUACAUGUAUACAAGACUAAAUUUCACACAUUGUUGCAGUUAAUGCCUGGUUUCACAUGAAGUCAAUUAGAUUCUGUUAGAAGAAUACAGUAUGGCAGAAAGUUCAGAACAUACCACAGGAACGAACGCAAGUGGGUUUCGGUCACCACCAGAGAGUUAUGUAUUCGACAAUCUUAUUGCUGAUCUUUCAAAUGCAAUAACAAAAGAAGAACUGAAAGAUCUCAAGCAACGAUUCAAAAAUGUGCAACAUGUAGAGAGUCCACUAGAGAUGUUCGGCUAUCUGAGAGAUCAAAGAUUUAUUGGCCCUCACAACAUACUGUAUAUCCAGCAAAUCGUUCGUGUUCUUGAAAAAGAAGAUCUGGUUGAAAAGUUGGAAAGAUAUGUAACCAUGUUUGAGGAGGAUAAGGUUCUUCAUUUUUUUCCAGAGAUAACAGUUACAGCUGACGGUUAUAGUAUGAUCAAGUAUCAUAUCAAAGGUAACGGGAUUUCGGAAACUAGUCAACUGGAAGAGUUUCGGAGAGAAGUAGCUCGGUUAUUGAUUUGUCCUCUCCAUGAAGUCAACAUUAACGGUAUACAAGAAACGAAUAGCACUAUCUUAACACUAAUGAUUCCAACAAUGUAUGUUGAUUUCCUUGCUAAACGACUGGACAAACACAAUCAACGAAUCAUAAGGUCAUUCAUGGAACUAAACGUUGACACAGUGACCUUCAAUAACAAUGAGUUAAAGCUUCAGAUGGAAGGAAAGUUCUAUACGGCUAAGAAAGGAAGUCGUGAGCAUGGAGAGGUUAAAUUUGCCGAAAAAGAAAACAUUAAAACUCAACGAGAUGCAAUCAAGCAACAAACAACAAACGCGCAAACAGUGAGAAAAAUUGAAAAAAGAUCUCGCGAAAAAAAUGGAAUCGUAACAAACGGUCAUAGAAGAAGUAUUUCCCCACCUAGGAAGAUUUUAGUUUUAUGAUAUUCUUAAACAUAAGAUACCAUGAUUGAACUUCUAAAAAGUGAUGUUAAAACAAUAAAAGACGAACAUUUAGAGAGACGUCAUUUUAACGUAUUUGUUAAGGAUAGUGACAAUUAUGUCAUUAGAAAAGCAUCUAAAUAUCAACCAAUGCAUUUUUCAGGCGUAAAAUUAAAAAGUUAUGUUAUUUAAACGAAUGGAUUUUAGGACGGUCUUUAGGGAUACCGUUUUUCUCUAUGUUACUUUUUGAAAUUGAUAUUGUUUAGAAGACCUGCUUUAUUAGAAUAUCAUAUUCGUGUAGAUUCAAUACUAAAUUUAUUGAACUCGUUAAAUAAAACAAUAUUAUGCUCGCCAGAGGCUUGCAUAAUAUGAUUUUAUUCAACUCGUCCAAUAUGUUUAGUAUAAAACCUACAGUCAUUCAAUAUCCUCUAUACAUGUUAUAUUAUUUUCGAGAAAUCGGUAGAGAAAAAAGAAAAAAAGAAUCGUGAGUUGUUAGAUUGUUAUUAUAAGAUGAAAAGUGUCAGCGAGGUAAUACAAUUUAGAAGUUAAUAUUUAUUAUAAAAAUAACUUAUAAAAAUAAAGAACUUAAGAAAAAAUGGAAGAAUGGAUUAUGCAAGGGUCAAGUCCAUGUCAGAGUGAAAUAUUUAUCAUUCAAAAUGAUCUAUACGUUAAAUGUGAUUUUGAACCUGUGAAAAUA